UUCCUUUGAUGUUGAGAGAGACGACUUGCAUAAGAUCUUUUCUUCCCCCUCUAUUUCUUCCUCACCCCUCCGACUUCCUCCAGCUACAGUCCGUACACGGCGCCGCGACCCCGGUGGUAUCCACUCUGUACGUGGCGGCAGCGAGCCCCUCGCCGUCGCCAGCCAUGGACGCGGUGGCGAGCGGCGACAGUCUCCUACUCCUUGCCAUCGCCGUCUCCCUGCUCGUCGCUGCUGCCGUCUGGUCCAGGCGUGGUCGGUGGCGCGGCAACGUCGCGCCGAGCCCGCCGUCGCGCCCGCUUCUCGGGCACCUCCACCUGCUCGGCAAGCCGCUGCACCGCUCGCUGGCCGCCCUUGCCGCCGCGCACGGCUCCGGGGGCGGGGCUGCGGCGCCGCUCCUGUCGCUGCGCCUGGGCGCGCGGCGGGCGCUGCUGGUGUCCACGCACGGCGCGGCCGAGGAGUGCUUCACCGCGCGCGACGCCGCGCUGGCGGGCCGGCCGCGGCUGCUGGCGGGCGAGCGGCUCGGGUACGGGUACACGAUGGUGGUGUGGGCGCCCCACGGCGACCACUGGCGCGCCGUCCGCCGGUUCCUCGCCGUCGAGAUCUUCUCGGCGUCCCGUCUCGCCGCGCGCGCCGCCGACCGCCGCGCCGAGGUCGACGCGCUCGUCGGGAGCAUGCUCCGCGGCGGCGCCGCCGUGACGCUCCGGCCCAGGCUCUUCGAGCUGGUGCUCAACGUCAUGCUGCGCGCGGUCACCGGGGAGCGCGCAAGCCGCGCCGACGUGCGCAGGUUCCAGGAGAUCGUCGAGGAGACGUUCGCGGUGAGCGGCGCGCCCAGCAUCGGGGACUUCUUCCCGGCGCUGCGCUGGGUGGACCGCCUGCGCGGCAUCGACGCGGCGCUAGUGCGUCUGCAGGGGAGACGCGACGCGUUCGUUGGCGGCCUCGUCGACGACCAACGGCGAAGGCGCGACGGCGGUAGUCGCCGAGACACGGAGAAGAAAAGCAUCAUUGACGAGCUCCUGUCGCUGCAAGAAAUUGAUCCCGAGUACUACACCGACACUGUCAUCAAAGGCAUCGUCUUGGUACUACUCUCUGCCGGGACCGACACGUCUGCGCUAACUACCGAAUGGGCAAUGGCGCUGCUGCUGACACACCCGGAAGCGAUGCGGAAGGUGAGGGCUGAGAUAGACACCAAGGUUGGCACCGCACGGAUGGUGGAGGAGUCGGACAUCACAAACCUUCCGUAUUUGCAAUGCGUGGUGAAGGAGACCCUCCGGCUAUGCCCCGUCGCACCGAUCAUUCCGGCACAUGAGGCCAUGGAGGACUGCACCGUCGGUGGGUUCGACGUUCGCCGCGGCACGAUGAUCCUCGUGAACGCUUGGGCGAUCCACCGGGAUCCCAAUCUCUGGGAUGCAGCCGGGGAGUUCAGGCCUGAGAGGUUCUUGGACGCCGGUAUGGUGACCGCGGUCACCGCACCCCUGCUGCCAUUUGGGCUUGGACGGAGGCGGUGCCCCGGCGAUGGGUUGGCGAUGCGUCUAGUUAGCUUGACACUGGCAGCGCUCGUGCAGUGCUUUGAGUGGGAUGUCGGUAAAGGUAGUGUGAUUGACAUGUCUGAAGGUGGUGGGCUGUCCAUGCCAAUGGCGACGCCAUUGUCAGCUGUCUGCCAGCCCCGAAAGUUUGUCGAGCGCAUGCUCUGUGCUUCAACAUAAACAUGGUCAGAUGGAGAAUAAACAGAAUUUGAUGGUACCAAGUAAGGUAA